AAACUCCUUUCUGUGGCUGCCUUAAAGGGAGACUAGCAAAAAAAAGAAGGAGGAAAAAAAAAAAAAAGAAAAAGACUCAUACAGACACACAGGGAUUGAGGUAUCAGAGGAAUUCGGUAAACAGUCUGACAAGCCGUGUAAAGGACAGAGUGGUGUGACUGUGUACAAAUGACAUUGUGUCACACAGAAAUUUUUAAGAAGCCCGCGUAGGGACAGUGUACGUAAGGGAGGGGACAAACCUCUGUCUCCAAUUCUUGUUAAAGGGAUAAUUGGUCUAUCUCUUCGCUGCAACAACCCCCCUAGGAAGAUUAAGUACUGGGAAACGUGGAUUAUUCUUGGGUGAUUUGUGUAAAAAUAUGGAGAAUCAACAGCAAGCAGGAGCAUCUGCAGGAUGGGAGGACGAUACCCCAGGGAAGAACCCCGAACUCCCCAGCAGCAGGAAUUCAAAGCGAAAAGCCACCGAGCCCGACGAAAGCAAAAACAAGCCCAAGCUGAACAUUCAUAUAAAAACGCUGGCAGAUGAUAUGCGUGACAGGUUAACGAGUUUCCGGAAAUCUGCGGUGAAGAAAGAGAAGCCUCUUAUCCAGCAUCCCACUGAUUCUCAAAUGGCUGUGACAGAAUUCCCAGCACCGCAACAGCUUUUUGAUGAGCGUUCAUUGAAUCUGUCUGAGAAGGAAAUCAUGGAUCUCUUUGAGAAAAUGAUGGAGGAUAUGAACCUGAAUGAGGAGCGCAAAGCCCCGUUACGGCAGAAAGAACUAGCGAGGAAACAUGAAAUGGUUGUCCAGUAUAUUUCUGCAACGGCUAAAUCUAUAACUGGGAGUAAAGCUCUGGGGGGUCUGAAAAAUAGCAAACAUGAGUGCACAUUGUCUUCACAAGAAUAUGUCCAUGAAUUGCGUUCUGGAAUUACGGAUGAAAAACUCUUGAACUGUUUGGAGUCUUUAAGAGUAUCCUUAACCAGUAACCCUGUCAGUUGGGUCAACAACUUCGGCCAUGAAGGUCUCGGGCUUCUCUUGGAUGUUCUGGAAAAGUUACUUGACAAAAAACAGCAGGAAGGUAUUGACAAGAAGAACCAGCAUAAACUAAUUCAGUGCUUGAAAGCAUUUAUGAACAAUAAGUAUGGACUGCAAAGGAUUCUGGGGGAAGAAAGAAGUUUAGUUUUACUGGCUCGAGCUAUUGAUCCCAAGCAGCCUAACAUGAUGACUGAAAUAUUAAAGAUUUUGUCAGCCAUUUGCAUUGUUGGAGAGGAAAACAUCCUGGACAAACUACUUGAAGCUAUUACGACAGCAGCUGAAAUCAACAACAGAGAGCGUUUCUCUCCAAUUGUGGAGGGUUUAGAGAACCAAGAAGCCUUCCAGCUGCAGGCAUCCUGUAUGCAGUUUAUAAAUGCCCUUCUCACCUCCCCAGAAGACCUGGACUUUAGGAUACAUCUGAGAAAUGAAUUUUUAAGAUGCGGCUUGAAACAAGUAUUACUAGACCUAAAAGAGAAGGAAAAUGAAGAGCUUGACAUACAGCUAAAAGUAUUUGAUGAAAACAAAGAAGACGACCUUUUGGAGCUAUCACAUCGUCUUCGUGAUAUUCGAGCUGAAAUGGAUGAUAUUAAUGAAGUUUACCAUCUUCUUUACAAUAUGUUGAAGGACACAGCUUCUGAGUCAUUUUUGCUAUCCAUCUUACAACACUUUCUGCUUAUCCGCAAUGAUUAUUAUAUCAGGCCACAAUACUACAAGGUAAUAGAUGAGUGUGUUGGGCAAAUUGUAUUACAAUGCAAUGGGAUGGACCCCGAUUUCCGGUACGGACGGCGCCUAGACGUUGAUUUUACACAUCUAAUAGAUUCAUGUGUGGACAAGGCAAAAGUGGAAGAAAGUGAAAAUAAAGCAUCAGAAUUCUCUAAGAAGUUUGAUGAAGAGUUCAGCGCCCGGCAGGAGGCACAGGCUGAGCUACAGAAACGAGAGGAGAAAAUCAAAGAACUAGAGACGGAAAUCCAGCAGCUACGGACACUGGGUGCUAAACUUCCGUCUGGACCUCCAACAAUGGGAGGGCCUCCUCCGCCUCCUCCACCACCGAUUCCAGGUGGACCUCCCCCACCACCUCCCCCACCUCCAUUACCUGGUGGUAUCCCUCCUCCGCCCCCACCUCCUGGAAUGGGCCCACCACUUGCACCACCUCCCCCUCCUUUUGGAGGUCUACCUCCACCACCACCUCUUUUUGGAAUGCCUCGGGCUCCUUUGGCAAUGGCACCAGCUGUUGUAGCCUUACCUUUUGGAAUGAAACACAAGAAAGUGUUUAAACCUGAAACAAACAUGAAGAGGAUAAACUGGUCAAAGAUUGAACCACAAGAAUUAACAGAAAAUUGUAUCUGGGUCAAGGCCAAAGAAGAGAAAUUUGAGCAUCCUGAUCUCCUUUCUCGAUUAUGUCAGACUUUUGCAACCCACAUGAAAGCAAAAAAAGCAAUGGAAGAAGAAGAAGAAAAGAAACCCAUAGUAGCAAAGAAGAAAGUGAAAGAACUUAGAGUUCUAGAUAGUAAAACAGCUCAAAAUUUAUCCAUCUUCCUAGGAUCAUACCGGAUGUCUUAUGAUGAAAUAAAGAAUAUUAUUUUAGAAGUAGAUGAAGAGAAGCUCUCUGAAUCUUUAAUCCAGAAUCUUAUAAAGAAUCUCCCAGAGCAGAAAGAAUUAAGUGCACUGGCCCAGCUGAAAAGCGAAUAUGAAGACCUGUGCGAGCCAGAACAAUUUGGAGUUGUGAUGAGUUCGAUGAAAAUGCUUCGUCCACGACUUCAUGGUAUUCUCUUUAAGCUUACGUUUGAUGAACACAUCAGCAACAUCAAGCCUGAUAUAAUGAGUGUAACAUUAGCCUGUGAAGAACUGAAGAAGAGUGAGAACUUCAAGAAAAUGGUAGAACUCGUAUUACUUGUAGGAAACUUUAUGAAUUCCGGCUCAAGAAAUGCUCAGUCACUUGGAUUCAACGUCAGCUUUCUUUGCAAGAUUCGAGACACUAAAUCAUCUGACCAGAAAACAACAUUAUUGCAUUUCUUGGCUGAAGUAUGUGAAGAACGCUUUCCAGAAAUUUUGAAAUUUCCUGAAGAACUUGCACAUGUUGAGAGCGCAAGCAAAGUGUCAGCACAAAGCUUGAAAAGCAAUCUCGAUGCCAUGGAGCACCAGAUCAAGAGACUGGAGAGCGAUAUUGAGAAUUUCCCCAAGACAGACAACAGGAACGAUAAGUUUGUGGAAAAAAUGAAAACCUUUGCUAAAAGUGCCCGGGAGCAGUACGAGAAGCUAUCGAACAUGUACAACAACAUGAGCAAGCUCUACGAUAAUUUAGGAGAUUAUUUCAUCUUUGAUUCCAAAGCAUUAAGUGUUGAGGAGUUCUUUGGGGAUCUUAGCACCUUCCGUUCGCUUUUCCUGGAUGCCGUCAAAGAAAACAACAAAAGACGAGAGAUGGAGGAGAAGAUGAAACGAGCCAAAAUAGCAAAAGAAAAAGCAGAACGUGAAAAGCAGGAGCGGCAACAGAAGAAGAAACAGCUUAUUGAUAUUAACAAAGAGGGUGAUGAGACAGGAGUGAUGGAUAGUCUGCUUGAGGCCCUGCAGUCAGGCGCGGCAUUUCGAGAUCGCAGGAAACGCACUCCAAAAACAAACGAUAAUCGUCAAGCUGCUCUUGAAAGGUCACGGUCCCGCCAUCAUGGCCGAAUGGUACCUGUAUAAUUUCCCAAAAUGCAAAACAAAGAAACGGGAAACGACGACUUCAAAUCAGGAUUAUUGGAACGUCACGGAAAAUGAAAAGAACUUUUAAAAUAGGAAAUAUGAGAGACUUGCUUUUAGCAACUUCAAUAUCCGAGGACUACAGUGGAUAUUGAGAGGUCUUGUAUUGUUAGCCCUUCUAGAUAGCAGGGGUUAAAAAUUGGAAAUUACAAGAACAUUAACAAUUCCAUAAACAGUGUUAAGAAAUGUAAAGUUUAAUAUAACAUCUUGCUUACAUGUAUCGGUGCCGGAAAAAUCUUACAGAUAAAUUGAAAUUCUUAAAGAAUGUAUCCAGGAAUUAAUAUAUUACAAUUCUACUAGUAUAAAGGAUGAAAUGAAUAUUAAUUUACAAAACACUGAAACGUGUAAUAUGUAUUAUGUGCAUAGAUCUAAUAUUCAUAUGCAAAUAUUGCACACAUCAGAAGAUAUCUUUAUUAACGCUUUGUGCGCACAAGGCACCGUGCAACCUCUCUUUAUAUAUAUAUAUAUUUUUUCUUUGGAUAUUUUUAUAGUUGGGGCUCACACGUGAUCUAUUUUGUUGUAGUUCACAAAUGUGGUUUAAUUAUUUUUUUUGUCGUACCUUUGAUUUCGUAGAAGUAUAGGUUCUUUGUGGAUUAUGGCAUAUUGUGGCCUGAAGUAAAGCAUCAUUUACUUUAAAUCAACAAAAUAGAAAUUUAAAUUAAAAAAAAUGCAGUCUCUGAAAGGCAUCAAAAAAUAUGAAUAAUCCACGAUUGUCAAAGAUAUAGGUUUUAAGGAAAUACCAUCAUAAAACCAAAGUUAUUAGUUCAGGAACUUAAAAAUUGAAGGAAUACAUUUUGUCAGUUAUUUAAAUCUUAUUUUAUAAUU